ACAGCGGGCUGAGGUUUAGGGCAUGGAAAGGAGGCGUGAGAAUCCGUGGAGGCAAAAGGUGUCGGUGGGAACCCGGGAACCCUGAGGAUCGCGAGGUUCUAGCUACAUGGUGUGCUGGCCAGCCAUGUCCCCUGCCAGCCCUGUGUGGCCGAGAGAACCAGUCCAGUGGGCGUUGUGGGUACUGCUGGUACUGCUACUUGUCCCGUGGAGGUCGUGGGCGGUAGAAAAUGUUCAACGGUGCAGCUGGCGGGUUGUCCUGAACAAGUUCGAGAAGGUAGGCGAAUACUACUCGAAGGACCGAUUCAUGGAUCAAGAGCCCAUGGAUACAGUGGACAGUGUGUUCAACACGUUGGUAGACUCGCCAAUUGACCGGGGCGAGAAAUACCUGGGCUUCCCUUACUACCUGAAAGUCGACUUCUCCUGUAUGGGAAAGACUUCCGAGGACCUGAUCCGAAAGGGCCACCUGAUGGGGCUGAGGCCUGUGGUCCUGGUCAGCUACCAGUACCCAGUCAAUUUCUACCACUGGAAGAUCGAGCAUCUACAGAUUCAGAUGGAGGCUGCCCCACUGCGCAGCACAGGGCCCUGCUUGGCGGAGGCCAUGUGCGUCAUAAACUGGUACACACCCAUGCCCAUCAAAAACGGCAGUGUGGUCAUGCGCGUGGACGUCAAAGGCAAUGGCGUGGGGCCCUUUAUUGCCCCCAAAAGGUUUUAUGUGAAUAUCAAUGGCUUCCUGAAGAGAGAUGCAACUGGGAAAAUCCAAUACGCCUUGGGAUAUGAGUCCUUUGAUCUGAAGGCCCAGUACUUUAGGGUUAGACAAUCCAGGCCCCUGUGGUAUACUCAGAACCAUGCGCCUGUGCUCAUCCUCGGUGGCAUUCCUUUCGAGAAGACCAUCCUGAUAUCAGACACUAACUUCCGUGACUACUCUGUCGUAGAGCUGAGCAUUGACAGUUGCUGGGUUGGCUCCUACUACUGUCCACUGGCUGUCUUCUCGGCCACCAUCCACGAUGCCAUUUCCACUGAGAGCACACUCUUCAUCCGGCAGAACCAGCUGGUCUACUAUUUUACAGGCACCUACUCCACGCUCUUCGAGAGAUCCCACAGCAGCAGCAACUGGGUCCGUGUCCUGCCCAGCGAGUGCAUUAAGAAGCUGUGCCCAGUAUUCCUCAAUGGCAAUGGUUCCGAAUAUGUCCUGGCUCUUACCACUGGCAAGAACGAGGGUUAUGUUCACCUUGGGACUAUUACAGAUGGCAUCGUGUCCUUCAAGAUGGUACCAGAGAGCUGGUCGGUGUGCGAAAAGUUAAUGGUGGUCAACUGCUCCAUCACCUGGGCUACCUUAAUCCCUGAUGAAAGUACCCUCCUGUUACUGGUGGAAGGCCUGGGCCUUACCAUACCCACGAAGACCUUUUACCUGGUUUACUAUAACCUAGCCUCCCAGGCACUGGACAUCCUCUACACGCUGCCACAAUUCAUUCCCGAAGCUCAGGGCUUGGAUUUCCUGGUGCUCCUCGGGUCAGAGACUGCUACCACCACUGCCAUGACACCCAAGGGCUUGUUCUUCAACACGUACAACAAUAUACUGUAUAUCUGGGGUAACUUCCUCAUGCAGAGCUACAAUAGGGUACACUUCAUCUAUCUGGCAGACUUCCCCAACACUUCCAUCAUCAAAUACAUGGUCAACUCCUACCAAGGACACAUGGCUCUUGUCACAGAGAAAGAUGAGAUCUGGUAUUUCCUGGAGGGUGGCUAUAACGUGUACAGGCUAUUCCCAUCCAAAGGCUGGAACAUCCAUGUCAGCUUGCAAAUGAUGCAACAGUCUUCCCUCUACAAUAAGGAAGAGGUCAUGGUCAGCCUCUUCUAUGAGGAUGGCCAGCUGUACCAGUUGAUCUAUCUUCCGGAGCCCCCCCCAAGCGGACGCCUGGUCAAGAGGCUUGUGCCAGUGGAAAAGUUGCUGAUGUAUGAACAACACAACAUUUACUCAUUAGAGCAGAAAGGGGCCUACAAGACACUCUCCUUCAUCAACCUCUGCCCAUUUUCCCUGAUGCGCCUCCGAGACCUGCCCAAACUACAAGCCUACUCACGCCAGGAACGCUACCAAGCUCGGCCACCGCUGGUCACGAAUUCCUUGGGCUUCCACAGCAAUAACUCACUUGCUGUCUACCAAGGCCUGGUCUACUACCUGCUGUGGCUGCACACCAAGUAUGACAAGCCCUACGCGGACCCGGUGCACGAUCCCACGUGGCGCUGGUGGCAAAACAAAAAACAAGACCGGGAUUACUACUUCUACCUGUCGAGCAACUGUAAGACCCCGGACGGCGUGUACAUCGACAUGAACAGCUACAAGAAGAUCUACAACCUCACAUCCGAAUCCCGGCUGCCCGACACCAUCUUUCUGGACAAAGGCAACAGCUACCGCUUCAGCGUCUUCCUGACUGCGCGGGAGAACCUCGCCCCUCCCUCCUCCCGGGCAGGCUCCUCCUCGCAGGUGGAGACCAAGCUGUCAGUGGCCGCGACGGUGGCGGAUCCCAGGUGCGUUGAGGCCUCAGUGCAGGAGGAGGUCCUAAUUAACCGCAACUCGAUGCUAUACAGGAUUACACUUCUGGAUAAGAUGGUCUGCUAUGACCAGGGCAUCAGUGGACAUAACCUCAAGAAGACGUCCAUGACAGUCAAUGUGUUGGGGUCUUCCGGGAAGUGCUUCCAGAAUACAUACCUUGGAACACGAAUGCAAGGCAACCUGAUGGUGCCAGUAUUAAUCGGCUGUCCCCCGGGAAAGCGCCUGGCCUUCGAUGUCACCUACACCAUUGAUCAGUCCCGGCGGCUGAACAAACACUACUUUGACUGUGUGGUGGUGAACCCCGAGAUGCCCUGCUUUCUCUUCCGUGACCUGUUCCAACCCUUCUUCUUGAUUCAAGAUUUGGUGACGGGAGCCUCCGGCAGCUUUAAGGGCAGUUACGUUCUGAAGGUGGUGGGCGGCGGGUACACACUGGACACCAUCAGGGACUUCACAGAAGAGGAAAUCUACCGCUACAACAGCCCGCUGGACAAGACCAAUAGCCUCAUCUGGAAAACUAAGACAGAAAAGACUACCAAUGACAUGGCGUUUCACAUCAUGUCCUACCAGAGCCCGGGCAUCGAAUGGCUGUGUUUGGAGAACUCCCCGUGCCAUGACAUCUUGCCCCACAACAUCUUUGCCCCUGAAUUCUACUUUAAGGUGUUGGUGAGCAAUAGAGGUGUAGACACAAGCACGUACUGUGAUUACCAGCUCAUCUUCAUGCUGCACAUGCAUGGCUUCCCGCUCAGCGGCAAGCGCUCACUCUUCAUCGUCAUUGUGUCAGCCAGCGUGCUGAUGGGCUUAGUGAUCUUUUACAUCCUGUUCUGUCUCCUGUGGCCCCAUAUUGUGAAGGCCUGGACCAUGCUGCGCUGGAAGAUUACCAAUAUCAUGGCCUCUGAGUCUUAACACACCUAUGCCACCUAAGCCUUCAGCUUCCAGUCUCAGCCAAGCUUCAGGCAGAGCACCACCAUGAUGCAGGAGAAGGCUGAUGCUGAGCCAGCAGAGAAGGCGACCACCUGAGUCUGUUGUCCUAUCCCACAUCUACCCUCAGGCCUCUUCUAUUUGAAAUAUAGCCUGCCACUUACCCAGGCUUUUCUGUUUUGCUAGAAUGUUCAUGUCUGGUACAGACCCAAAUAAAGCCUCAC